GCACCAUGGUAAUGGAGGGCUGUGGGGCUAGGGUAGCAAUGGCGGUUUGGUCCACCUCAAAGAUCACGGCUGUGACUGUGUUUCUCCAGUUGGUCCUCCCUCGCGUCUCACAGGCCCAGACCUUCUCCUUCCCUUUCCGGAAGCCCGAGACCUGCGGCCACAACCAGUAUUUCGAUAUCUCCGCUCUCUCCUGUGUCCCCUGUGGAGCCAACCAGAGGCAGGACGCCCAAGGAACUUCAUGUGUAUGUCUACCAGGAUUUCAGAUGAUCUCUAAUAAUGGAGGAGCUGAUAUUAUUUGUAAAAAGUGCCCGGAAGACAGGAAAGGUGUUACCAAAGAUGGCUGGAACUGCACUUCUUGCCCUGGUAGUUUAACUGCAGAAGGAAAAUGCCACUGUCCCACUGGCCAUAUUUUAGUGGAAAGAAAUGUAGAUGGAACACUGUUGUCUCAAGCAACUUGUAAGCUCUGUGAUGGAAAGGAAUACACUUUUACAGUAGCAAAUGCUUUAGGAAACAGGUGUGUCCGAUGUGAGCCAACAUUCAUUAAUACCAGCGGGUCCUGUGCAUGUUUAAAACCUAACAUUUUAACAGGGGGUUUAUGUUUCAGCAGCACAGGGAAUUUACCUCAUAUGAUUUCAGCUGCACGUUAUGGAGAGCUUGGCAUGUCUUUAAUUUCAGAAUGGUUUGCAAAGUAUCUGCAAUCAUCAGCAGCUGCUUGUUGGGUAUAUGCCAAUCUAACAUCUUGCCAAGCUCUUGGAAAUAUGUGUGUGAUGAACAUGAAUUCUCAUGACUCUGUCACUUUUGAUGCAUGUCGACUAUUUCAGUUUGUCUUUGAACAUACUGCUGGACUACGCACUGUUCAUUCUGUUUCAUUUUGGAGACAGAAUCUUCCAUGGCUGUUUUAUGGAGAUCAGCUAGGAUUAGCACCUCAAAUCCUCAGUGCUACACCUCUUCCUACCAAUUUCAGUUUUAAAGGGCAAAAUCAGAAUACAAAAAUGAAGUUUGUUGCUGCUUCCUAUGAUGUCAGAGGAAAUUUUCUCAAGUGGCAAACUUUAGAAGGUGGUGUUUUACAGCUUUGUCCAGACACAGAAACAAAAUUAAAUGCUGCUUAUUCUUUUGGAACAACCUAUUUACAAAACUGUGUGAUUCCUCUCUCUAAGCUCCUAACCGACUUUCCCAUUCCUAUAUUUUAUGAUGUAUACCUUGAAUAUACCAAUGAACAUCAACAGCGAUAUAUUUGGGCUGUGCCUGUGUUAAAUCUAAAUCUUCAACACAACAAAAUGUUUGUGAACCAAGACAGUAACUCUGGCAAGUGGCUUCUGACUCGGCGCAUUUUCUUAGUGGAUGCACUAAGUGGACGAGAAAAUGACUUAGGAAGUCAGCCAAGGUUAAUUCGAAUUGCUACACAAAUAUCACUGAGCAUACGCCUUGUACCCAACACAAAAAAUGGAAACAUCUACCCUCCCUUAAUUACUAUUGGCUACAGUGACAUUGAUGUCAAAGAUCCCAACAGCCAGUUUGUAAAGAUUUCUUUCUCAGUCAAAUAUGAAAUGAAUCAAGAAGAAGCACGUACCCAGACAGAUAUUGCUUUGGGUGUGUUGGGUGGGCUAGCUGUUUUAUCAUCUCUUUUGAAGACAGCAGGAUGGAAGAGGCGCAUUGGGAGCCCUAUGAUUGAUUUGCAGACAGUUAUGAAAUUCUUGGUAUACUAUGCUGGCGAUCUGGCCAAUGUAUUUGUUAUCAUCACUGUGGGAACAGGUCUUUAUUGGCUUAUUUUCUUCAAAGCACAGAAGUCUGUCUCUGUUUUGCUACCGAUGCCGGCUCAGGAAGAACGUUUUGUUACUUAUGUUGGAUGUGCUUUUGCUCUGAAGGCUCUGCAAUUUUUGCAUAAGCUCAUAUCCCAGAUUACCAUUGAUAUAUUCUUUAUCGAUUGGGAGCGACCUAAAGGAAAGGUUCUUAAAGCUGUUGAAGGUGAGGGUGGUGUACGGAGUGCUACAGUUCCUGUAAGCAUAUGGAGGACAUAUUUUGUAGCAAAUGAAUGGAAUGAAAUUCAGACUGUGAGAAAAAUUAACCCACUCUUUCAAGUACUUACUGUCCUCUUCCUUUUGGAGGUGGUGGGAUUUAAGAAUUUAGCAUUAAUGGAUUCAUCCUCUAGUCUUUCCAGAAACCCAUCUAGCUACAUAGCUCCUUAUAGUCUCAUUUUGAGAUAUGCAGUGUCUGCGGCUCUUUGGCUAGUGAUUGGAAUUAUACAGAUCAUGUUCUUUGCUGUCUUUUAUGAGAGAUUUAUAGAAGACAAAAUUCGACAGUUUGUUGAUUUAUGCUGUAUGAGCAAUAUAUCAGUGUUUCUGUUAUCCCACAAAUGUUUUGGAUAUUACAUUCAUGGUAGAUCAGUACACGGACAUGCAGAUACUAAUAUGGAAGAAAUGAAUAUGAAUCUUAAAAGAGAAGCGGAAAAUUUGUGUAGCCAGAGAGGUUUGGUACCCAACACAGAGUGUCAGACUUUUCAGAUUGCAAUUUCUAGCCAGAUGAGACAGCAUUAUGACAGAAUUCAUGAGACACUAACAAGGAAAAAUGGCCCUGCUAGACUAUUGAGUUCAUCAACAAGUACUUUUGAACAGAAUAUAAAAGCAUAUCAUACUAUGAAUAAAUUUCUUGGCUCUUUCAUCGACCAUGUUCAUAAGGAAAUGGACUACUUGAUAAAAGAUAAAUUGCUUCUUGAAAGAAUUCUUGGAAUGGAAUUCAUGGAGCCAAUGGAUAAAAGCAUCUUUUACAAUGAUGAAGGUUAUUCUUUCAGCAGUGUUCUGUAUUAUGGAAAUGAAACCACUCUUCUUAUUUAUGAUCUGCUGUUCUUCUGUGUUGUGGACUUGGCUUGCCAAAAUUUUAUUUUUGCAGCCUUCCUUACAUACCUACAACAGGAGAUUUUUAGAUUUAUCCGUAAUAUAAUAGGACAGAAGAAUUUGGCAUCCAAAACAUUGGUGGAUCAAAGAUUUUUGAUUUAACUUAUUGAAUAGAUAACUCAAAGACUCAGUAGAAUCGUGGCCAAAAAAGUCAUGAUUAUCAGGUUAGUUUGCCAUAUUUUUUAAAACUUGUAAUAUAAAUUAUUCUAUUUUCAUUUGUUUUUAACCUCCAGAAAGAUUUAUUUUUAAUUUGUGGAUACAUAAUUUGCUUUGUGAUUAUAUAAUUUGAUAUAAUGGAAAAUACUCCAUUAUGUAUAAUAUUUAAUUCACCAAUUUAGAGAUUAGACAGCACUGACAAUGGGGCAAAAAGUCUGAAUGCUGCUUUCAGCAUAACACUUCUUAAUGGCAAUCAAAACAGUCUCCAUCAUUUGUCUGGAGAUUAUUUUUACGAUGGGGUUUGCCUGCAUUUUCUCACAUUGAAAAAAUUAUUUGAUUCCAGGUUCAACCCUAGUUUUUAGUUUUACAUAUUUUAUUGUUAAAUAAAUGUUGAGAAUAUUUUCAAGUUUA